AUGGCAACAUGCUCUCCGCCUAGACGCCCACAGUCGGGGCCAUAUAACGCGGUAGAAGAGGUGUUCCAGGAGGAAAAUGACCGCACACAGAAUCAUUCCACAGAGCAGAAGGAUGAAGGCGCUGAUGAAGUUCCUGACGCCCAGAGUUUUAUUGGUGUUUCCGAGGAGGUUCAUCUUUUUGCAUACUCCGCUCAACCAGAACUGCUUCCAGCGCUGAAAUUUACCUUACCGAGGCAAAAGACAAAAGUGGAAAUCGAAAAGACCCUUACGUAA